CGGAGCAGACAUCGUGAAGUAAAAUUUGUUGGACUGAUAAUUUUUCUACGACCUAAUUAAACAAAGACAGGUGUUUCGAUAUGGCUUGUAGUGGGUUUAGUUGUUCAAAAAACACAUUAACUUUACUCAAUAUUUUGUAUUUUAUUGUAGCCAUUAUUUUGAUUGGUGUUGCAGCCUAUGGUCGUGUGGCAUCAUUGGUUACAAGUCUGACAUUAGUUGGCAGUGUUAUAACAUGUGGUGUUAUUUUAUUCUUUAUUGCUUUAAUAGGUCUAGUUGGAUCUAUUAGGCACCAUCAAGUUCUCCUGUUUUUUUAUAUGAUUAUUCUGUUCCUGCUAUUCCUUUUGCAAUUUUCACUGGCCUGUGCCUGUCUAGCUGUCAACACGCAACAGAAGGAUGAUUUAGUGACGAGAGGUUGGAUGAAAGCAUCAAAUGAAACGAGAGACAAUGUGCAGAAAAAUUUUGAUUGUUGUGGCUUUCUUGAUAAUAAGUUGCCAGCAUCGGAUAAUAAAGGUCAUCCUCCCUGUAAAGAGUUGUCUUGCUGUAAACUGAAUCCAAGUCGCUCCUGUUGUUCUGGUCAGCCAGAAAAUACUACAAAUCUGACAUGUCCAUUGGAAUGUCAAGCAUGUUAUCAUAAAUUACAAGAUAAAAUAUAUGCAGCGUUCUCUGUAACUGGCGGUAUAGGGUUAUUCUUUAGUUUUACAGAGAUUAUAGGUGUAUGGAUUACUGUUCGGUAUAGAAACCAGAAAGACCCCAGGGCUAAUCCAAGUGCUUUUCUCUAAUGCUUACUAUAACUAAGUAUAGAGUGUAAGAUAAUUGGAGUCGGAUUGGCAAUGCGGUACAGAAACCAAAAAGAUCCACGAGCCAACCCCAGUGCAUUUUUAUAGUGAAGAAUGGUUAGAUUAGAUGUAUAUAUUGUUUCAUAAUUUUAUAUAGUAUGUGUCCUAUUGUUUGUUUAUUUGAGUUAAAAGUUACAUAGAUCUAGUCCUUUACUAUUCAGGGAAAUAUACUUAAGGAUUAAGAGAGAAUUUUUAAAUCAGUUAUUUGGGAUACUGAUAAUUUCACAAAUAUUCAGAAACUUUGUAUUAUGUUAAAAAGUGUAUGCUUUCAGCUUUAUUGAAUUGAUUUCUGUGCAGUGUUAUUUGAAUAGUUCACAAACAGAUUUUAACUAUGAUAAAGUGGCGUUUAUAAUAACUUACCAUUGACAUUAAAUAGAAAUCAAAGCCACAUGAGGAAGACUGAUUUUGUAAUACAUGUACAUACUUACAACUAUUUGUAAAUUUAUACUGGUAAUUUACAGAGAUUCCUUACAAUCUUUGGAUUAAUUGAUUCCAGCAUUAAAUAAACUGCUAUCAUUCUAAGAAACCAUUCUUCAUUAAAUGUUAUUGUAUCUAAUGUUAAAUGACUUCUUGUUAUUUAAGGACAUUGUAAUCCUACCAGGUUUAUGCAUUUGAUUAAUGUUUGUCAUCGUAAAAUUGUCUCUUAUUCUAAGUUGUUAGUUCCCAUUUUAACGAUGUAUUAAUAUUUAUUAUUGUAAGUACAUGUAUUUAUUUUAUUUCAUGACAUUUCUGUAUAUGUAUGUAUACUAUGACUGAGGGACCAAUAUUAUGUGUAAAAAUGAAGGUUAUAUGACAGACAGAGGUAUAUAUGUGUAUUUGGAUGUUGAUUACAAGUGACUGGCAUUCUGUAUUUAAAUGUCUAUAUUUACCAGAGGGACUGUUACAUGAAUAAAAUAACUGAGUUAGUAAAAUGAAAGAAAAGUCAGUGAAAGAGAAGUCGUGUAUCAUUUCUGUAGACCGUAAAAUGACACAGUUGCAGUCUAAUUAAAAUUAUUCCAAUAUUUUAUUCUGUUAUAUAUUUCGGUUGAUGGCUCGAUCCAUUCAUCGAAAUUGAAGGACUUUGUUUUAUAUUGUGGCCUGGCGGGUUUAAUAAUGUGCAGAUUUAGAUCUGUCUACCAAACAAAACCGUCAAUGCAGAAAAAUGACAAAUGUUUUGAUUGCUUGUCUGAUCAUGGUCAAAGGCAUUAUUAUGUUGUUGUCACAUGAUCAGAACUUUUCUUAACACGUCUUUCAAAUUCGAUGUUAAUGAAAUAACAUCAGGCCCCGAGUUCAGAAAGCAUUCUCAGACUUAAGUUAAGAAUUUGCUCAAAAUUGUUCGCCUUCUUUUAACUAAAAUAUUGCCCUUUAUUAAACUUUUGUUGUUUUAAUGUAUCAAAUACAUCAAUAAGAAACUAUGUUCAAAGUUUUGUGUUUCUGGAUCAAAGAUAUUUCUCAUUAACAGUGAUUGAAAGUUAAGUAAAUUCUUAAGUUAAUUCUGAGAAUACUUUGUGAACUCGGGGCCUGGUUUUAAUUAAAUUGUGAGGAUGGAAAAUUCAGAUUUUAACAAUUCUGGCACUUGAGGAUUAUACAACAUCAAAAGCUUUGACUCAUCUUUCAUUUUUCUGAGUUGUUUUUCAAAACUUACCUUUGAAAUAUUUAGUGCUUUACCAAUGUGCUUGAAAAUCCAUAUAUUAUAAUAUUUUCUCAAUUGUUAACAGUUUUCAUGAUUGUAUUAUGCUUCUGCUUAUGUAUUUAAAUUGCAUUUAGUUUUAACAAUAUUAGAUGUUUGUGGUGAUGGAUAAGCUUGGUGUGUAUUCUGAAUAAUUUAAAAUGUGUAAGUUAUAAUGGUAUUAUUAUUUUGCCAUCUUUAAUUUCAAUUAUAUAUUACCAAAGAGCAGCUUUAAGUUAAAACUAUUCUACUAUAUAUAUAUAGAGAGAGAGAAAAAAAUAAAGGUUAAAAAUGCCUAAAGAAAGUACUAUUGUUUAAUUGUCUAGAUGUUUCGCCUGAGCUUGUCAAUAGUACUUUCUUUAGGCAUUUUUAACCUUUAUUUUUUUCUAUAUUAACACU